AUGUUUCACGCCAAACGCCUUCAAAAGGAGCUCAGCAAGGUAUCCCACCCUCCUGCUCGGAGCGAUACAGUCGAGGCAGAGAAACAAACUAACAUGUGAGGCAAAAUAAACACAGAUCCACCAGGGUCUUCCGCCAGGUACGUAGCUUACUCACUCACUGAUCCGCUCUCCGACACCUUCUAGCAAUGCAAACACUAAAAGAAUACUGGGACGAGCAGGAAUCCACCUUGUCGCGGCGAACGACUUUCAGGAAUGGCAAAUGGACAUCCAAGUUCUGGACGAGAACCCACUGUACCACGGAAAGACUUUCAGGCUCAACUUCAAAUUCAGUAAUAACUACCCUAUCGAGGCCCCCGAGGUCAUGUUUAUUAGAGCUACCGAUAGAGGUAUACUACUACUAUUAUUAUUGUUACUAUUACUAUUAUUAUCGUUGUUAUUGUUCUUAUCAUUAUUAACCCUCUCCCUCAUCCAACAACGAUAACAAGCUACCUAUCAUACAUACGCAACCCUCGCUAACCUUGUGAACGAAAAAGACAUCCCAAUGCACCCGCACAUCUACUCCAACGGCGUAAUUUGUCUGGACCUCCUCAGUAGCGGGAACGGAUGGAGUCCCGUCCAGAGCGUUGAGAGCGUAUGCAUGAGUAUCCAGAGCAUGCUCACCGGGAACACAAAGAACGGUAACACCCUCUCCUACCUUUCCUCCCAUCUCCGCCCCAUGAUUCCCGCCCUAACAAAUGAAAACCAACCCAGAGCGACCGGACGGCGACGACCAGUUCGUCCUCCGCACAAACCGCUCCCUCCGUAACAUCCGCUUUGUCUACGAUGACCCUACCGUCUAG